AUGCCUAACUUUGCCGGCACCUGGAAGAUGAAGAGGAGUGAGAAUUUUGAUGAACUUCUCAAAACCUUGGGAGUGAACACCAUGCUGAGGAAGGUGGCUGUGGCAGCGGCCUCCAACCCCCACGUGGAGAUCCGUCAGGACGGCGACAAGUUCUACAUCAAAACAUCCACCACUGUGCGCACCACCGAGAUCAACUUCCAGAUCGGUGAAGAAUAUGAUGAGGAGACCGUGGACGGACGAAAGUGCAAGAGCCUCGCCACCUGGGUGUCGGAGAACAAGAUGUACUGCAAGCAGACUCUGGUGGACGGCGACGGCCCCAAAACCUACUGGACCCGAGAGCUCAACGGCGAUGAGCUCAUACUGACUUUCGGGGCAGACGACGUCGUGUGCACACGGAUUUACGUCCGGGAAUGA